AGAGGAAACGCUGCUGACCGCACGCAGACAUGGCUGCUGUCUGAUACAGCGUGAGCAGCGGACCGAGGAGAGACAAACUAAUCACACGGGUACCGAAAUACCAGUGUUAUCGCUGUUUGGAUCGAUCCGCCCAGCCCCAGAUGAAGCAGCAAUGUGUUCAGUUCAGUAUCUGAGAGAGUUCAUCAAGGAGAGACUCACUGCUGUUUGUGAGGAAAUCUUCUCAGAGGUUCAAAAAACCAUCGUCCAGUAUGAGGAGGAGAUCAGCCGUCAGCGCAGACUGCUGGAUAUCAGCCGGACACCCGACACAAACUCACACAUCACAGACCUCCCAAAACAACAUGACUGUGAGGAAGAGGAGGGUCUGGAUGAGCAGCAGGUCUGUAACCAGGAGAGGAACUCCAGUCUGGACCAGGAGGACCCAGAGCCUCCUCGGAUUAAAGAGGAGCAGGAUAAGCUCUGCAGCAGUCAGGAGGGAGAGCAGCUUGGACUGAAGCAGGAGGCUGAAGGCAUUAUUGUCUGGACUGGGGAAGAGCGGCUCAGAUUGCUGGGUACCAUCUGGAAACCUGAGAUAAAGUUACACCGAAUAGACCUUCAACAGCAACAUGACUGUGAGGAAGAGGGGGGUCUGGAUGAGCAGCAGGUCUGUAGCCAGGAGAGAAACUCCAGUCUGGACCAGGAGGAACCACAGCCUCCACAGAUUAAAGAGGAGCAGGAGGAAGUCUGCAGCAGUCAGGAGGGAGAGCAGCUUGGACUGAAGGAGGAGACUGAUACUUUCACGGUGUCUCCUACUUAUGAGGAAAGUGACCACAGUGAACCAAACAGUGAGCAGCUCCUUUCUCACAGCCCUCCUGAAACAGACAGCCACGAUGAGGACAAAAGCCAGCAUGUUGACUCAGGAUCAACUAGAAAUGCAGAGCUGAAGAAGAGGAGAGCUCACAGAAAGAGAAGUCACAGUCAGAGAUUAGACAGUGCUCCAGUGUCAGAGAGUCAGAGUCAGCGUGACGCAAGGAAAAAGUCUCUAAAAUGUGACACCUGUAGAAAAACAUAUCAGUUUAAAUCCCACCUGACAACACACCUGCGAGUUCACACAGGGGAGAAACCACAUUCUUGUAGCACCUGUGGAAAAACUUUUCACUAUAAAUCAAACAUGACUGCACAUCUGAGAAUUCACACAGGGGAGAAACCGUAUUCUUGUAGCACCUGUGGAAAAACUUUUCAUUAUAAAUCCAACCUGACUACUCAUCUGAGAAUCCACACAGGUGAGAAACCGUAUUCUUGUAGCACCUGUGGAAAAACUUUUAACAAGAAAGACCAUCUGACUAUACAUCUGAGAAUUCAUACAGGAGAGAAACCAUAUCCUUGUAGCACCUGUGGCAAACAGUUUAGUGGCUUGUCAACAAUGAAAAUUCACCUGAGAAGUCACACAGGGGAGAAGCCACAUUGUUGUACCACUUGUGGGAAACGAUUUGCUGACUUUUCUGGACUCAUAAAACACAUGAGAUUUCACACAGGUGAGAAGCGAUAUUCUUGUAGCAUCUGUGGAAAAAGAUUCAUUCAGAAAUCAGAUUUGAAUCGUCAUUUAAGAAGUCACACAGGUGAGAAGCCAUAUUGUUGUAGCACCUGUGGAAAAAGAUUUACAAAUCCAUCAGCAUUAAAAACACAUGUGAGAAUUCACACAGGUGAAAAGCCAUAUUCUUGUAGCAUUUGUGGGAAAAGAUUCAUUCAGAGGAUCACCUUAAAGACACACAUGAGAAUUGUGUCGAUCACAACGAUGGUCCAGAAGGAGGAGAUCAGCCGUCAGCGCGGACUGCUGGAUAUCAGCCGGAAACCGGACACAAACUCACACAUCACAGACCUCCCACAACAACAUAACUGUGAGGAAGAGGAGGGUCUGGAUGAGCAGCAGGUCUGUAACCAGGAGAGGAACUCCAGUCUGGACCAGGAGGACCCAGAGCCUCUACAGAUUAAAGAGGAGCAGGAGGAAUUCUGCAGCAGUCAGGAGGGAGAGCAGCUUGGACUGAAGGAGGAGGCUGAAGGCAUUAUCGUCUGGACUGAUGAAGAGCGGCUCAGACUGCUGCAGACCAUAUGGAAACCUGAGAUAAAGUUACACAGAAUAGACCUCCAACAGCAACAUGUCUGUGAGGAGGAAGAGUUUCACACAGAACAACAGGUCUGUAACCAGAAGAGGAACUCCAGUCUGAACCAGGAGGACCCAGACCUUCUAAAGAUUAAAGUGGAACAGGAGGACCCAGACCUUCUACAGGUUAAAGUGGAACAGGAGGACCCAGACCUUCUACAGGUUAAAGUGGAACAGGAGGACCCAGACCUUCUACAGGUUAAAGUGGAACAGGAGGACCCAGACCUUCUACAGGUUAAAGUGGAACAGGAGGAAUUCUACUGCAUUCAGGAGGGAGAGCAGCUUGGACUGAAAGAGGAGGCUACUACCUUCAUGGUGACUUAUGAGGAAAGUGACCACAGUGAAAGUGACCACAGUGAACCAAAACCAAGCACUCAGUACCUGCUUUCUCUGGAAGAAAGCCAACAUGUGGACUCAGGAUUAACUAUAAAUACAGACAGAAAGAGAAGUCACAGUCAGCAAGAAGACAACGCUCCUGUGUCAGAGAGUCAGAGUCAAACUGACACAAGGAAAAAGUGUCUACAAUGUGACACCUGUGGAAAAACCUUUCACAGAAAAUCUAACCUGACUACACAUUUGAGAGUUCACACAGGUGAAAAACCAUAUUCUUGUAGCAUCUGUGGGAAAGAAUUCAGCCUGAACUCAACAUUGAAAACCCAUUUAAAACUUCACAAUGGUGAGAAACCAUAUUCUUGUAGUUCUUGUGGGAAAAGCUUCAUUCAGAAAUCAGAUUUGGAACGUCAUGUAAGAAUUCACACAGGUGAGAAACCAUAUUCUUGUAGCACUUGUGGGAAAGAAUUCACUCUGAACUCAACGUUGAAAACUCAUAUAAGACUUCACACCGGUGAGAAACCGUAUUCUUGCAGCACCUGUGGAAAACAAUUUACUGAGAAAUCAGCAUUGAAAACACAUGUAAGAAUUCACACAGGUGAAAAACCACGAUGUUGCACCAUCUGUGGGAAAAAUUUUACUGACUUAUCAGUGUUCAUAAGACAUAACAGAGUUCACACAGGUGAAAAGCCAUAUUCUUGUACCAUUUGUGGGAAAAGAUUCAGUCAGAGGGGAAACUUAAAGACACACAUGAGAAUUCAUACUGGUUAAAACUUAGAAAAUGUGGGACAGCUGUGAGUCGUAGCAGUGUGUUGGUGGUAGAGCUCACACUGAGCAGAAGUCAAAUCACUGCAACACCUGAGUGAAAAUAUGACCCAUAUUCAAGUCAGUAUUUUCUGUGCAGAGCAGUAAAGAACUCUUAGCAUUAUUUAUUCAGUUUAUUACCUUAUUCUUAGAAUUGUAUCAGGGAAACUCUGGUGUUACAUUUCAUGAAGGUUACAGUUCAGUAUGCUCCUGUUCUGUUGGUUCAUUGUUUAGUUCUGUUGUUUAUUAGUGUAUAUGUGUUGUUAAAGUUUGAAUAAAUAUUACAGUUGAACUUCCUUUACAUAUUUUUCUGAAAUUUAAUCUCUAAUAUAUGAAAGCCGUAUAAUAGUAUUCUGACAUAUUUAUCUUGGGUCAGUUAGAAUUGACGCAUGCUACUAUAUUAAUAAAGUUUAUCUGGUUUGAAGCCAGGAAUUAAAAACAGCAAAAAUACAGACUGAGUUAACGGACUUCUCAGUAUCACAGCUCUGUCAUACUUCUUUCCUUUUUGUCUUUGAAUUUUCUGGAUUCACUUACUGGAACAUUUGCAAACAGGAUAAGCGGUCGCCGAAGCUGUUUAUCAACUCAUGAAGUUAGCCCAGGGUGUCCAUGUGCAUUCAAGUGAAACUGACAUCAUUGGCAGUUUCUGACUAAUCACAAUGAUGGAUAAGUGUAAAGCAGUAGAGUAAUUGAUUUUACACAGUAGGAUAAAACUAGAAUAGAAAAAUACGAAGAGAUUAAACACAAUACAUACUUCAAGUGACAGAGCAGCUACAGAGCGUAUGAGAGGAAAAGUACAGUAUUAAAAGCUCUGUAUAAAUGUGUGUGAGCUUUAGGCCCCUUUUACCCAACACCGUUUCAAAAUGAAAACAGUGUUGUUUCGAUUCGUUUCAGCCUCCGGUUUACACGAGAAUGGAGUGAAAAUGAUGCAUUUUCGAAAUGUGGUCCAGAGUGGAGCAUUUCAGAAACGCACCCGCCUCCGUCCUAGGGUAAACGGUUGAAUACAGUGCAUUUUGGAAACGGGGGUACUCGCACAUGCGCACUAUCGUUGCAACCACCACAGUUUUACGCACACGCGCUAAUAGAUGAACAACACUCCUUAGGGUGAGGAUUCACGAGUGCCUCAGCGAACUUCGAGUAGCGCGAUUCACAGUCGAUCUUUUCUUGUGUAUUUUUAUUAUUGAGUGUUGUGUGGAGCAGCAAUCCAACCUCAUCGUCAGUCCACAAAGUCUCUCACAUUGGCCAUUUUGUAAAUAAUGAACAAAUCUUUGCGGCCAUCCUACUGAGUCCCUCCACGCAUGCGCGUGUUGUUUAAAAACUUUCAAAAAAAGAACAAAAAACACCACCAUCUUGUGGCCUGGCAAUGGGAAUUACAUCGUUUUCACCGUUUCAAGCGUCUUCGUGUAAAUACAAAGCAUUUCUGAAACAUCUGUGCGUAAAUGGGAGGCCGAAACGCAUCAAAACGACACAGUUUCCAGUGGAAAUGGUUUCGUGUAAACAAGAUCUUAAGCUCGUUGCUCAGUAAGACUGGAAAAGUGCUACUAUAUUAAUAAAGUUUAGCCUGUUUGACGCCAGGAAAGAAGAACUGUUUUGGAUUUUCCCUCAAUAACAGCAAUUUUAAGUUUUUCACUAUAUUUUAAAGUAAAAUUUAUAUAAAAUUUCAAACACUCUGUGCUUCCUAAAGGUUGAACCACAGAAUGGCAGUAUCCUGCCAGGAUUUAGUUCAAAUUUCACUGGCUCUGGUCUCAGAGCUACUGCUUCUAUUGUGUUAUAAUGGCCUCCUUUUAAACUUUGUCAAAUCCGUCUUGUAUUUUGGAUGGUCACCUCUAUUUCUUCACCCCUUCUUCACCUUUCCUGCUGUGCUCUUCGUCUCCUCUGCUCUCUGCUCCUGUUCUCUCUCCUGUCCUGGUUAUAAACAAAGAAUGCAGCCAGCUGCCAAACUUCAUCCAAAGCUUACAUUUUCAAUAUCCAAAGCUUAGAUUAUCAAUUCAAUAAAUGUUUGAAAAAAUAAGAUAAUUAUUAAUGUACUAUUUCAUACCAUAAAAGCUAAACAGUCAAUUCCAGAUAUUUAAUGCAGCUGCAUAUUUACACCAAUCAACAUAUUGUUGCUGUUUAUCCCUGCAUGAAAAUGGAAAAAAAAAUGUUGUUUUUAGUUUGAUAUCCAUCUUCACAGUAUUUGAUAAUCACUCUUCUUUACACUGUAUUUGUUACUGCACUGUAUUUGAAAGUAGUUGUUUUAUUUUAUAUAAACUAUUGUGUAGUGUCUUCAAAUGUUCACUAGAUUUCAUUAAUCUGGAGUAAACAUAGAAUGAAGUA